AUGAAAUUCAAGCUGUUACAUUUGUGGUUAGUCUGCAAUUGUCUGGCUGCUGGCAUUGAUGCUAUUUACCAAUAUCAGAAUCCUCAAAACAAGUCAACACAUGCUGGCUAUUACUAUCCGAAGCCGGCAAGAUUGCCGCCCCUGCCAGAGUCAAGCAGUCAGGGACCACCGGCAGGCGCACAAGGCGACUAUAUUGAUGAUCUGAUCGAGAGCCAGAAACAGCAAAUCUUGUCCAAUGUGCUGGGCGUGCCAGCGCCCAGUCAGAACAUGCCGCAGUUCACAUUCGGCCCAGCCGCGCCCCCAUUGGACGGCGAUGCGAAGGCGUUUCACGUGAAUCGUUGCGCCAGUUGCACCUGCGGCGUGCCAAACGUCAAUCGCAUUGUGGGCGGCACACAGGUGCGCACCAAUAAAUAUCCGUGGAUAGCGCAAAUGAUACGCGGCACAUUACUUUUCUGUGGCGGCACACUGAUCAACGAUCGCUAUGUGCUGACCGCCGCCCACUGUACGGACGGCAUGGACAUGUCCAGGGUGUUCGUUCGAUUGCUCCAACUGGAUCGCAGCCACACACAUUUGGGUGUCACUCGCUCUGUGGCCUUUGCCCAUCAGCAUGCGGACUAUAACAGGGUCAGUCUGGUCCAUGACAUUGCGCUGCUGCGUUUGUCGCAACCGGUCCCGCUCUUCAAUGACAUGCGACCAGUGUGCCUGCCCAGCAGCUAUUACCAGCAGUUCGAUUUCCGGCCGGCCGUCGUCGCUGGCUGGGGGUUGACGCGCGAGAGCGGCUCCACGUCCAGUGUGCUGCAGGAGGUCACGGUCCCCAUUAUAACCAAUGCCCAGUGUCGUGCCACUUCCUACAGCACCAUGAUUGUCGACACGAUGUUGUGUGCCGGUUUUGUCAAGGAGGGCGGCAAAGAUGCCUGCCAGGGAGAUAGUGGCGGCCCUCUAAUAGUGCGUGAUCGGAUCUUCCGUUUGGCCGGCGUCGUUUCCUUUGGAUAUGGUUGUGCCAAGCCUAAUGCGCCGGGGGUUUACACACGUGUCAGUCGAUACUUGGACUGGAUUGCCGCAAAUACACGCGAUGCUUGUUAUUGUACCAAUUAA